CAGGUUGACAGUCACAUGCAACCAGCAGCAAGUGUUAGUUCUGAAGAAAAUAUUCGUUGAAGGUUCACUGGCGUUUCCAUGUGCAUUCGCAUAGUUGACUAAGGAAAGACAACAUGCAAGAGGGUAGGAUAUCAUCCAUUGUCCCAGCAGGACCUGCAAUACCAAUUAAAAUUCGUGUCAUAAGAAAGUGGCAGCCUCGCCUACGAAACAGCGACAUGUACUACUUUUUCAUAGACAAACAUGGUGAUGGAAUACAAGCUAGCGUGCACUGGCUAGACAAAGAACUUUUCGAAAGGAAAAUCACCCUUUUCUCAUGCUACCUUCUGGAAAAAUACAUAUGCGAUGACCAGCCAACACCACCAAGAGUGAAUUCACACAUCGCAAGCAUUCGCAUGGGAACAAAAGCAUCACUAACCUUAAUUCCUACACCAGAUGCAUUUCCAAUGUACUAUUUCAACUUUUGUCCCUAUAGCGACCUUUCACUUCGUACUGGUGACGAUCAAGAACUCCUUACAGACUACUUGGCAAAGCUAGAGUACACAACACCCGGAACAACCAAAAAGGGAAGAGAAUAUCUACGUCUUCGUCUCACGGAUAUCAGCGGCGAACACAUAAACGCUACUUUAUGGGAAGAGGUCUUACCAAAGUUUGAUAAACAGGCAAUGUUGGCUGCAGAGCAACCAAUAAUCGUUGCCUUGACAUCCGUUUGCGUAAGCACGUUCAAUGAUCGAGUGCAACUAGCAUCAACAAUUCCAACCCAUAUCUACUUUAACCCUGAUAUAGAGGCUGCCACAACUAUCAGAAACAGGUUUUACAACUUUUAUUACCGCAAUGAAAAUACUGUAGACAUUUUUGUCGUGUAA